AUGUCACCAGAGUGCGUACAUACAUUUUCUUGUUUAAAAAAUGGUCAAAACCGAAUUCGAAUUUUAUUGAUGUCCCGCUUACCAAAAAGAUAAACAUAGGAAUGCUUAGCAUGCAAGACUUAUUAUUUUGGCUGGGAGGGUUGUGAUGGGACACUGCGUUCUUAACGGUUUCAGUUUUGUAGCAGAAAAAGAGCAUAACUUUUAAAAUAACGAAAAUAUCGCAUUACUUCUCCUUAACAGAAAGGAAAAAAACCCUACUUCAUCUGACCUCAUACAGGCUUUUUGUGGUCCGUUGUCUCUACUGUAUAAAAAAAAAAUUUGAGCGAAAAUAAAAUGCAUCGGUACCACGCUUACCUUUGUGUCCUUCGCAGCGGUUGUUUGGUCUCGUCCCACAACGCCCUCUAUUCCUAGUUCGAGAGCGAGCGCGUUGCGGGACGUGGCCAAAUAACUGUUGUAAAACAGACUACCCUUACUGGCGUUCCUCUGACAGAGAAGAAAUUAACAUUAUUCGUCUACAGUUAGCUGCCUCAAAAAUAUAAUUCCACGUAGUUUUACUGCGAAAGGCAAAAUGAAACUCUAUCGCAUCUCCAAUAGACCUUAACCAAAGAUAUAUUGGGAUCUCGAAUAAGUGAAGAUAUAUUGAACAAGAGAAAAUGAUUAUAGUAUUUCAAAGAGGGCUCCUUGAUUAGUUGUUGCUUGUCUGGCCUGAUAACACUAACCCUCGCCCUCGCCCUCGCCCUCGCCCCCCUAGCGAGGGAAAUUGCAUCUAGCUAUUACCUACGUAAAAGACAACUGGAGGAGGUUAUGCACAUGCGCGGUUGCGUGCCUAACUUGGAGACCCCAAUCGGGCGCGCCAAGAAGUUUAGAUACAGAGUGAUAAAGUACGCAUUUACCAGAGUUCGUGCAGCGUACCGCGGGCACCUGGUUACUGAUUACAGAGGGCUUCACGUGGGCUAGCAGAGUUUAAGCAGCGCAAUCAAAGGAAUUUGGCGUUUGAGCGGAAAGUCAUACUGAUCAGUUCGUAGUUGAAAGCUUCAUUGAUUCUUGGAAAUUACACUGCAAGAGAGACGCUAAAGACGACAUGAAAAGACUGAUUUGAAACUACGAAUAUCUAUCGAAGAGCGACGUGAGAAGGAAAGACAAAGAGCCCCGGAAAAAAAAAAGACUCAAAAGAGGUCAACAGCAAAGAAAAAGCAAACUAGAGAGGAGCCGAGAAAGGAGAGACAGGAGGUAAGUUGAUGCUUAUCUAGUUUUCUCCUACGUUAAGUCCCAAAACAAUUUUAACAAUCGUUAAACAAUUCAUUACGGUUUUACUACAGUGACGUAUUCAAACAAUACUCUACAUAUUCAAAACGGUUUACAUAAUGUCUUUCAUAAUUGUACACAUUCUAUUUGCCCCUCACACUUCUUGGCAUCGGUAUUUUAGAGCGAUUUUUUUUCAAGGCCACGUGAAGGGUAGCACAUCGACCGAAAAAUGACUACCCUCAAAGGUAAGUCAGAGAUUCUGUAUAGUGAACUUAGAAACGUGGUAAAGUUUCUCGCCCAGAUUUGCUUCUUUAUUCUGGAAAAUUUGCGAAAACUGAAACGAGCGUCGGUAGCCGUAACUUGGCGGAAAGUAAUGCCCCGAGUUGAGACAAAUGAACUUUGCUCGUGAAAAGUGCAAAAGAAAGCAAGCUCUUCUCAAUUUGACAGAUAUUUAUUUGAAGGAUUGACGAAUGUUUUAAGUUUAAAACGGGACCAUUUCAUUAAAUUUGAAGCUCGCGAAACGCUAUUGGAAAUAUCGCAUUUCCUAGCAAUUUUCAAAUUAAUACUUUCCCUGUGUGGUAUACCUCAGUAUCGGCUCAGAUUAAGCUCGUAAUAAGUGGAAUAAGUAUUGUUUUCGAGGAUAUAAAAAUUAGUUUAGGGCUUUUCAUUUCCGCACGGAAAGACCAGGCUAAACUUUUUAAAAAUCGCAACAUCGUCUUUACGUCACGACGGACAUUCUCUAACUAAGCACGACAUUGUUAUAUCCAAAAUUCUUAGCAAAUUUUAGCAGUAAGCAACGUGCUCGAUCAGUGAAAUCAAUACAAUAAGCUACCCUAAUGACGACAGACUGGUUUUUAUAACUUCUUUCGUUUCAAAUUGUCAUUUAUUUCCCAUGGCGAAAUUGUCUGCAAUAACAAAUUUUGUAAAGUAGCAGCAGGCGUCUGUUUUUCUUUCCAUGUUCGAACACAUUUAAGUUGUAAGAAAGUUUUGAGAUAAAAUUGAGCUUCCUAGUGGACUUGAAAAAGCACGAUUCAAUCAUUUACAGAAGUAAGUCAACAGUUCUUUUCCAAACUUUGAAGAAGGACAUUAAUCUGAAAUUAGUGUAGAUGUAACACACUCAAACACUCAAGGGUUCUUCACGCAAGGUUGAACGUAUUGCAAUCUUGCUCACAUAUUGCAAUCUUACGGCCACAAAUAAUCGUCAAUAACUCAAAGUUUUUUCAAAAUUUCGACUGUAAAAUUAGGGAAAUUUUAAGGUAAACUUUAUCAUCCGAAAGAAAAAAAAAUCACAGAAUACUGGAGGGAAACUUCAAUUGUGCUAGCUAAUUUUCUCCAUUGCCUUUCAUAUUUUUGAUCAAAUAAACUUUAAUCAGUUGGAAAGGGUUUCCUUGAAUUGUAUUAUAUAUUGCAUCGUAAAUUACCGAGGUAGACUUCUUCUCAAAUGGUCAGCUUGUAAAAUAUUGCUUCUCAAAUUUUACUCACUUAUAGAUACUAAAAAUAUAUGGUUGCAAGAAAAAGCACACAACACCAAAUCAAAGGGCUCUUGGAGCCAGCUCAUUCAUUUGCAUUGAUUUCUUGGACUUGCUGAAUAUAGGUACAGUUAAAUUCGGUUUAUGUGAACUUUCAAGACUUUUGGAAUAAAUUUUAUUUUAUUUUUGCGCAGUUGUGUGUUAAGAAAACUUGUGCAUUCGUCGUGAUGGGAAUUGGAAAAAAGGUUAUGUGGGCUGGAGGUGGGAUGGGCAGAGGUCUCAUGUAAGCCAAUAACAAUAUAAGGCACAUAUGCGCAAAUCAGUGUGUGUAUACCCCUGAACGUUGAGGACCAAGAAAAAAGUAUAAAUUCUCAUUCUGCAUUUUGUACCCAGUCUGCAGUUUGCAUUUUGUACCUAGUCUGCGUUUCGUACCCGGUCUGCAGUCUGCAGUCUGCAUUUUGUACCGACCGGAUUUACAUUGCUGUUUUUGUUCGAGGGAGCCUCAAGUCCGGACCGAAAUAUUGGGGCUCGAAAAUAUAUUUUAGUGAGACUAUCUUUAGUGAGACUAUCUUGGCCGCUAUGAUUGAUGUGUGGACUGUAUGUUGAAAAGCUCCCGAGGACAAGCACAAUCAUGGAGCAAUGAUUACUUUAUACCAACUGAAGACGAACGCUUGCGCGGCUUAACAAUAUGGCUGCCUCUGAUACCCUUCUGCGUGAUCACAGCGUGUUGAAAUGAGCUCGCCACGGGUCCCCUAGGUGUAGACAUUUUGGCUUCUCAAUUCAAGUUGCAUUUUUAGAAAUUCGGAACUGUAAUUUGUGCUUAUUAUCUUUAUCAAACCCUACAAACAUUUUAUAUUUUUCGGCGUGAAUUUCUGAGCUUCACCGAAAUUAAUUUAGAUUUUUACUAAGUGGUGAGGGGUGGGAUGCGAGACUAUUUCCGUUCACAGUCUGCAGUGCAACUUCCGUCCACGGAAUACAACUUCCGUCCACGGUCGAGAACUUCCGUCAACAUCUGCUUUACCUCAAUAUCUCAUUCAUUGCUUUCAGCAUGAAUGAGCUAAAAAAUCAAACUGAAGUGACUAUACCUGUACAUGAAGAUCAUAUUGGUGAUUGACUUGUGAUAUGUUUGAAGUUUUUCCUACUCAUCUGCAGGUUAAUUAGAUUUUGGAUUUUACAUUCAAUUAACUAUUGGUUCUUACGUCAGCGUGCGUUCAUCGAUGAAGCACGCGGGAAGUUUGGAGAGCACGAAAGAUGCGUAAGAGUUGCUCGACGCGUAGCCGUGAGCAACUCCAGCUUUUUGAGUGCUCACCAAACUUCCUGCGUGCUUCAUCGAUGAAUGCACAGCUGACGUAUGGACCAAUUGUUUUAUAACAUUUUCAACCAGAUGGAAAAACUUUUUUCUCGAGGGAUUUGUUUGCUGACGUCAUCAGCGUGCACAAUAGGAAUACGAAGCACGCUCGCGCAAUUGAAUUUGAUUAGACAAAUAUACUAGCUAUGUUAUAAACUUGGUUAGAUUUAUUCAUUGACACCGUUUCAUCAUGGCUUGUUUGCAUGAAAUGGUAACUGUAAUUUAGAUUAAGAGAUGUUUUUGAGGCAAUAUCAAGGUUGAAUUAUCUUUUAAAAUGGAGUACUUCAGUAACUCUCUUCAUUUCUCUUCGAUGCAACAUCAUUUAGUAUUUCUGGAGGACAAUUAAAGGAAGCGGGUUGUAAAAAAGUAAUCAGUUUAUUCAACUCAGUAUUUAAUCAUGAGAGUAACAUUUUAUGUUUUCACGUGUAACAGGAUGGUUCAGCUGAAGAUGGCCCGGAAAAGUAGUGAAAUCUACUCUUCGUAACAAGGGUGACUUUUGGGGAAACUUGAGCGCUUAAUUGGUAAAUACGUCUUGGCUUGUACUUCUGAUGAUAACAGUUUGCUGACAGAGGAAAUUGAAAUGUCAGUCCCAAUACAGGAAUGUACCUUUCAUCUGAACUGUACAAUGAGAACUGAAAUGAUGUAUUUGUGCUUGGCACAACUACUUUAUUUAUAGUGGAACCCCCCUCACCCCCUGAGAAGAAAAGUUAAUGAUUUUUUGUAAACACGAAUGUAUGAGAGAAGCUCUGGAGCUAUUGACCCUGUUUUUGUUAGAAUGCAUAAGGUUCAAUGAUUGUAAUGAUUAUUUGUCAGUUAUGAAACUUUUCACUUAUAUUAAUCAUAGUUGUAACUGCAUGAUUGCCAUACGUACUUCUUCAAAAGUUGUUGGAGCUUAGGGGUACAUAGAUUAUCCCUCUCACCCCCUGUGGGUGAAUCAAGGAGAACAAUCAAAAGCUUCUUUAGUUGGUGAUCAUCUCUUUUAUUCUCAUGGGCUUAAUGUGUGACUUAGGGGUGGUACUGUAGGGAGACAUUAAAUGUGAGUCAUUGUUAGAAGGGUUUUAAGGAUUAAUGCGUAAACUGUAUUUGAAGGUUAUCGUUCAGUAGUAUAAGUGGGUCGGUAUAGCGUGUAGCCAAUCAGAAUCGAGUAUUUUGGUCUCGUGGUACAAAUGGACCAAUCAGAAUCGAGUAUUUUCACAUUCCAUUCUGAUGACGUCACAAAUACCGAGUGCGCGCCUGGGUGGGCGUGGUUGUGAGGCACGCGGUCAGUUCACUCAUCAAAACACACCAUGUAAAAUGCAUACACUAACAACUUUUAUUUACAAUUCACAUGUCAACUUGUUUUGGUUUUGUACAUGUUUAUCCUUGCAACUUGUUUUGCUUAUACUACUUCGUUCCAGGUAGGCUAACACUCAUAAAUUAUCGGUAGUUGUACAUAAGUCUUGAUCGAUGUUGAAAAAACUGUUAACCCUUUAACUUCCAAGAUCUAAUUGUUAACUCUCCCUCUAGCUGCCACACAUUUCUCAGUUAGUUGUAAGAAUAUGAUUUUAGAUCAAUAACACAACUUUUAUCUGAUAAGUUUGAGUAUUCUCAUUACCUGUUUUGUCGGAUAAUGUAUGGAUAUCACAGGGAGAAGUUACAUGUUAAUCACUUCUGGGAGUUAAAGGGUUAAAUGCGGCGAAUAUUUUGCUUAGAUUUCUCAUUAAAAUAACCUGUAUGAGUAUACUCCUUUUUUAUAUAAUCUUGCUUUUCCAGCUCACGCUGUAUUCUAAUUUUUCGACUAAAUUUUAUUUUCUUUCAAUAUAUCUGGAACUCCCGGUGUUAGAUAUCACAGGUCUAUUUAGAACUUUUGUGUACCGGUAAUUGAAAGAAAUUUUGCAGCUGUUGGCGCAUAAAUUUUUCCCCUGACUCUGUUAAUGGUCUAUUAUGUGUAAGGAUUGAGACUGAUAGUAAUACUUACGAUUUUUCUACAUCAAUAACCCCUACAGCAAUACCCCCUAGAGGGGGGGACUGCUCCAUCACUCCGCCAAGCGGCAUCUCACUGGAGACUAAUUUCAGUCUGAGCUGUAGCAACUGGGAAAGUGACAACACCCCUCUGUCCUACCAGUUUCAAUACAGGCUAGAGAAUGGCUUGUACAAUGUGUUAUAUCGUGGCGUUAACAACAACAUAACUACCUCUUGGAUACCACCUGGGAUCAGUACAGAUAAUUUUACUGUCAAAGUUAUCGCUACAGUGACCUACAAUUGUGGAAUUUCCGCCUACCCAGUCCCUUUGAAAGUUCAGGUAGGUCGCUAACCAUUAGUUUAAUGUUUAGCGUGAAAGGAUGUGAGAAUAUUUGAUUUCUUUUAGUCCUUAUUAGUAAUAGAUUAAUUAUCGUUAUAGAUAACUACUUUUGACUUUUGCAGAUCAAGCCAUCUCCGAAUGUAACACCCGAUUUUAUCGCAAACCUUCGUGAGAAAUUCAUUAAGAUCAAAAACCUGAGAGAAGCGGCGCUAAUAGCAAACGCUUUACUUCUAUCAGUUUCACAUGAAACCUCAAUGGAUUUGCAGGAGAAAUACAAGGUACUUUUCAAACCCAAUUCGUUAUCUAAAAAGUGAAACAAAACUAGUUCAUUCUGAUAGUAUCCGAAAAGCAAAGAGUUUGCCAAGAGCCAAACGUGCAAAAAAAUGAGAAGACCUUUAUAUGAAGAAAAUAAUAACAAUAAAAAAAAUCAACUUUCGUAGAACAGACAAGUAUAAUACAUUAAAUAUAUCAACAUACUUUUGAGAAAAAUGGAGGCUUAUGAGUUAAAUAUCUGAUGUUUUUGUAACACGAGAAUCAUUUCGUGCAUUUUAAGCGUUGACUUUCCAUUAUUCUCGCGUUUCACCUUCCGUUCUAACGAACGAAGAAUGCUGAGGAGAAUGCUUUGAAUAAAUUUCAAAGGAAUACUUAUAACGUCUUGAAAUUGAGGUUUGAAAAUACAUUUCAUGGGCAGAAAUCACCAAAUAUUCCUUUUUUUUUUUUGCUUAGACGUUUUCGGUGAUUUGAUGCAUUUAGAUCAAUCAUGCCCUUGCAAAUCAUUUGAUGGGUUUUAACUGGCAAUGUCAUAGGGAAACCUGAUACGCUGAGUCUAAAUAUGCCUUUAGAUCUAUAUCUUUGGAACGAGCCUCACAUGGGGGAUACAGUCUGGUUGCCUAUUUCUUUACUGGUUUAAAUAACUUUAAGCUAAAAUCUUUAUGGUUGUUUAAGGUGAUGAACGACAUCCUAGAUAAAAUUUCGCCCCUGGAAACGAAAACUGUCUUCGACCUGCUUCAAAAAUCAUCAGUUAUCGGCUCUGCUCUUCAGGUUCUGGAGAAAGUGCCCCAUCAGUUUUUGGUAAGUUAAUUACGUAAUAUUGUUUAGGGCUGGAAUAGCGUUGGUGGUUACGUCAAGUUUUCAUACCAUGAAACUAUUUGACCAGAAAAGCUCAGAAAAACAGCAAUAACAACAACAGCAAAGACGAAGAAAACGGAAAUGAACAAGCAUAAAAACAAGCAACUAUUGCGUUAUCAAAUGAACCAACCUAUAGUUUUGUACAUACUUUAACUAAUUCGCCACAAAUUGUCUCUAGGACGGUCAUAGGAAAGAAAUCUGAAAGCAAGCAUUUUUAGCUUCAUUUAAAUUCAUUUGCACUCCACAGAAUUUCUCCUUAUCUGCUAUCAGUUCAAUGACGUCACGACUAUGGUCUCUUUCCCAGAAACAAGACGUAGCAGACAUACCACUGACAAAGCAAUUAGCAGAAAACUUAGCUUCAUGUCUUAAUAGCGUGUUGAAGGCAGCAGCAGUGAUUGCAUCAGAAAACUUCAAAUCAAGUUUUCAACAACUGGUACUGUAAUAUACAUUAGUCUAUAUUCAUUGGCGAAUGGUCCAUUGAUGAUUGUUGUAAACUUAACCGGUACUCCUUUCUUCAUUCAUAUUUGGGACCUUGUCAGGAUUUUUUGUUUGUAUGUUUGUUUUUAUAUGGUUAUUUAUGAAAUUUCUACAGGGUAAACUACUGGUGAAGAUUUCAAUGAAGACCCUCGAGAAAGUUGCAGACUCAGUGUUGGCCUUGACAGUACCUGAUGAAAGAACGAUAUCAUUCACGGCAGGACAACUAUCCAUGACACUUGGAAGAUACAGCCUUCAUAGACUUUCAGAACUGAAAAUAAAAGCAUGA